UCUAUUCCAGCAACCGCUUGGCGUUUUGAUCUAGAGAUAGUACCCGCGCGCUCAACUCUCUUGCCGAUAGCCGUUUUGUCACGUACUUCGGCGUCCCCGAAAUUCUUAUGUCGGCUCGCCGACAUUCUUCUCUCCAGCGAUGGACAAUUGUGGUUAUGUAUAGGCUGACAAGCCAUCGAUCUUGGUGGCAGAUUUUCCUCACCUCGAUGCUCGAUCCCCUUCCCCAAAACACUGUCCACGUCCUUGGCUUCCGUUUCGGGUUCCACCGGGCGUUAGCCCGAUAGGCCCGAUAACGGCGCCUUUAACGCUCGCCCGAGGAAGCCGGGUGCAAAUCGUUUCGCGCUACAUCCUCGAACCAGCAUCGACGUGAUUCCUACAGCCGUGGCGCGGGUAAGAUCAGCCUGCCACGGUCCAGAGCACCAGGCGACCCCCUCGCACCCUCCCCUCCGAUCUGUCAAGCGCCGCGCACACUUCCUGCUGGGACCUCGCUGCAGCAGCCCCGCGCUCUCCUCGCGGCAAACUCCAUCGCGCCGGAUUUAUCAGUGCGUUGCGGCGCCUUCGGCAGCUGAGCGAAGCCUCGAGGAUCGUCCUUUCGGUGGGCUUUCCCUUCGAGCGUCCCCGUUGGGCUUGCCCGCUCGCCACGGCGCGCGCCCCCCUCGCCUAUCGUGGUUCCCUCACCUGCCCAAGGAGCCGCCUUCUUCAGAGAGCCGCGCCGCCGCGCUCCAGGGAAGCUCCCGCACUCUCUGUCCAGUGCGGCCAGCGUGCGGCGGGUACCCGGCCAGCGCGCUUUUGCCUACCUUCCCCGAAGAAACCCAGCGAGACCCUCCCAGCUCGCCGCCGAGGACUUGCCAAAUUCUAUUUCGAGCGGCCACUUGUCUCCACCGCGGACGGGAUGCAGCCAGCGGCGCAGGCUCCGAGUCCGCGCUAGGCGCUACUCCGGGGCUCGCGCUCGCUGCCUGGUGCUCCUCCGCGGGAUGUGCGGCCGCUAAGACGGCUGCGCUGCCCGAGUGCGCCCCUGGAUUGUUGUGCGCGGAUCGGACGCUUUCGGGCGGUGGCGGCGACAUGAAGCGCAGCGGGAUCGCUGGGGGCGGCAGUGGGCUGGGCAAAGUGUCCGACCGAUGGAUGAAUAACGUGCAGGACAUCAUCGAGUGGGGACACGUCAAGACCUACAUGCGCAGGCAGCUCGCAAAGUGUGUCACCGAAUGCAAGGCGCAAGCUGCCAACGCCAAGCAGCUCGUUGGUGACAUGAAGCACUCUUCGCGGAAGUCGAAACACCUUCCCGAAUCAUCCGGAGGUGCUCAAGAUGAUGAUGAAGACGAUGACGAAGAUUGGAGUUGGGAUACAGACUUUGAUGAUUCAGAACCAGAAAAUGACACACCACCUUGCAUGCCAGAUGUCAUGCCUACAGUAACUUAUGGUUCAAUGAACGGAAUAAACAAGACAAGCACAUCCUACUCUGGUAGUACGCCUUCUGACGGAAAGGAGGAAUGUACAUCAGUGAGCAGUAUUGGAUCCGAAGCAUCUUCCUAUGCAUCAGGUUCUUCUGGCAGCAUCCAGCCUACCACCAUCAAGCGGGCCAUUCCCAAGCCGCCCGAUGGUCCAGCGAUACCAAAGCCACCAGAGGGAAGACCCAUCUUAAGACCGGGCUCAAGGCCUCCAGUGAAGCGGCCACCAAGCCAGCCGCCACCCCCUCCAGUGCAUCCCGAGCGUGCACCAACCUCUUCCUCGGACACAUCGGAGGACUAUGAAGUACCAAUAUCCCAUCACUCUAGCAUUCGGGGCUAUGUGCCUUCGUAUAAGCCCCCCGCCUUGUCUCCCAAGCCGCCCAGCACAGAGGAUGAAAGUGAAGAUAACAGAGAGUAUGCACAUGUGGAGUCGUUUGGUGAAGGCGGGGACUAUGAAGUUGUUGGUGAUUCCGUCUGGCAGCCCCCUGCCCCAGUCCUGCCUGUGGCGAGUCGGGGAGUGCAGCAGCUGCCCCUGCCUCCGCGGCUUCUCGGCCAGCAGGGCCCACCCCUGCGCCCGCCACCACUACCCACCAAGCCUGCCCGUAUGAAGGACCCUUCAGCGGGCGUCUCGCUCAGCAGCAAGUUCGAGCAGAUGGCACUAAACCGCGGGGGACUGCCUGCCACCCUUGGCGACAAUUCCGUCUCGUCGUCCAGCCGAAAAAAUUAUGAAGACACGUCAACAUUAGCCGCUACGAUCAGCAAGCGACCUCUGCCCCCAGUGCCCAUGAGUCCGCCAGCCACGACAGCCCCUUCUGUGAUUCUGGAGCAGCAGAACACCCUGGAAGGGUACCACUGGUUCCACAACGUUGAGCGAGAGGAUGUCGAUGCCUGCCUGAACGACCUGGGAAACGGGGCUUACCUGGUUCGCGUGAGCCGGCGUGGAGGGGACAACAACCCAUACACGCUAAGCAUCUACUACCAAGACCGUCUGUUCCAUCUGAACAUCCGCCGACGCACGGACAACACCUACGCUCUGGGAACCGAGAAGCCCUUGGAGAAGACCUUUGCGAGCAUUCUGGACCUCAUCGAAUACCACCAGCACGAGCCCAUUAUCCUGACGUCACGAGGCAGGCCUGCUGGCCAGACCACUCUCACCGUGUCGCCCACCCCCUCCCGAUUCGAACCAUCUCGAUGAGCUGCCUUGGCGCCCUAUCUCGACUGCCUUCCCGCGACUCGCCCUUCGUGAAGCGCGAAAGAGCCUCAAACUGCUAAUGGUUUCUGUCCCGUGCUGCACUAUCCCCCACACACUCGUCAUGUCCCACCCAGUGGUGGGGCUUUCUGUGUUUCUGAGAGAGGGAUGGUGCCGGUUGCACGGGCACCGGGUAUUUUUUUGUACAUUGUGAUGUGUCCUUUCUUCCCAAACCCUGCGAGGAUGUUGCAUUUGUGUAGAGGCGCUUAGUGUGAAGGCUGCACACUGGGCACCUUCUAGUCAGUUGCUAACCCAAGUGUGUGCCUCUCGGUACUGCCAAUGGACUGGGGAACAUGUGCAAUUUGGCAUAUUGUGGGUGCGACCUAAGCGGUAAAAUGUUGGAGGCGAACACUGCUAGACUUCAGCAACUGCAAUACAGAAAGAAACACACUCUCGAAUACGAGGUCGACUCCUUUGGGAACAAAAAGGAAUGCAUGUCAGCUAUCUUGCAGAGCUUGUGGAGAACUACGAUGGAUGACUGUACCUACCAACAGCUAAGGUCCAGAAAACGUUUGGAUUAAAAAGUGUGGGCUGUGUUUGAAUCCCGAGCAUGUCAAAGCCAUGCACUCGGUGUUCCAGUGCCACGAAGUGUCUGUGCCUCUUCAUGUAGUUGAGUUGUUCCAUACGAUGAUCAGCUCCACUGCUCUGCUGGAAUGCAGACCUCAAACACAAGUUGACCUUAUACUCGAGUAAAUUCAGUGGUACACACCUAUAUACACUGUGCAAUUCAAAAUGCUGGUGCCCUAGGAUGCCAUACUAAUAUAUCCACACGUGAAGGUUUGUGUACAUAAUUUUAAGAAUCUGUUGCCUACUCACUUGUCGGGUAACGUAUGGUAGGUUGGUGGUUGCAUAGUUUUUGGGGAGUUUCCUUUGGAGGAUGUUCAUGUUGGAUCCUAAACAGUGUACUAGUCCAAGUUAUGGACUGCCUGGUUUGAAACCUGCAAUGCACAAAAAUGACACAAACCAGAUUGCUAUGCAGUCUCUGCUGUGUCCUAAUAUGUUGCCAGUGUCUUGAACAUGGGAAUAGCGCGAUAGAUGCCUUAACCAUUUCUACAUCUAAUAAAGAAUUUUAUACCAACCUCA